UUUUUAGCCUCUGGAUCUGGAAACGGUCUCUUUGACAAAAUAGAAACGUUCAAUAAUGAUCAUGAUUUACGUAACAAUAUUAACGAACAGAGGUUCCAAUCGUCAGCUCAAGCAGUUCAGGGAAAAAAUGAGAUCGAAGAAUAUAGGUAUUCCUUUACCCAAAUUCUUUAGGAAGAGGAACCAGUAUUAUGAAAAUCUGGAGUUGAUAAAGCCAGGAGUGAUUGUCCCAGUAGAUUCUUCCAGUCAAGAAUCUAUGAAGGAAUACCAGUACAUGGACAACCCCGAGUUCGAUUUGGAUAAUAAGAAGACAAACCUUCACGACUACUUUAGAGAGGAAUCCUGCGAUACUAUUUUUGAUGAUGAUUUUAUAAGGAAUAUGAAAAAUAAUCCUGAGAAAGUCGUCAAAAGCUCCCAGCCUAAAGUAAAAGAUAGUAGCUCGAAGAAGAGCAAAAAGAGAAGUUCUGGUAUCAAAUUUGAGGAGAAAAGGCAUAAGAGCAGGCCUAUUAGAAGGAAGAAGUAUGAACCUAUGAGUGAAGAAGAUAAACCCUUUCAUCAAGAUUCUAAGUUUGAAAAUCCUGAUAGCAGUUUUGAUAGAGAAAAAUAAAAUUUCUCUUAAAAGAAAGACAAAAUUUUUGAAAAAUAAGGUGCCUAUACCUAUAAAUCCUGAAGUACCCAAGUUGAACUUAGAGAAAAUAUCUCAGAAAUAAGCCGAAGAAGAUGAAAAUGAAGGUUUCUCUUUCUAGUCAAAAUUCUGUUAACAAUAAAGCUUCAAAUAAAAGGAGCAGUAAGAUGCAAUAUUUUGAGAAGCAAGCUUCCAAAGAUUCUCAAUCCAAGAUCCCAAAUGAUCUGAAUAAGAUCAAUAGAAUGAUCAGUAUUAUGGACAUAGGCAACAGUAAUACAAAUAAUUCGAAAGAGCUAAGCUCAAAAAUUAGUGAGGCUAACUCACUAGAACAGGUUGAGCAUGAUCCUCAGAGAUCAACAACACCUAAUAGAGAUAUCAAGUCAAUGAAGGUAACUUUGGAGAAGAAACCUAAAAAUCGUAUUGAGAAAGUUAAAGAAAAGGAAAAUAUUCAGGAUAGUAGUCAGAGCAACCAAUCUAUUGCCAUUGAUAUCAUUAGUGAGUCCUCCAGUAUUGAUACUCAACGGUUAAGAAUUGAGGCUCAAAGGCGGCUAACCCAAGGACAGGAUAAAUCAGCAAACCUAAAUUUGCUUAAAGUUAAAGAAUCCCUGCAGCCUUCUUCGUCCUCUCAUAUGCAAGGAUCUCACUCUUUCUACUCAGAGAUAGAUUUUUCAAGAGAAAAUCUUUGGAAAAAUAAGGAGGAGGCACAAGAAAAUGAGAGAAACAAUAUCGGGCAAAUCUCUGACAAACAGCUAAAUCCUUCUCAAAAUAAUUUUAGCAAUUGAAUACUUGUCCCAACUCAUCAAAAGAAUAUACAAUCAGUGGAUGAUAUCCCACUUAGAAAGAAUUUUACAACAUUCAAUGAGCUGCUGAAUGCCCAGUUGAAAUAGAAAUGAGAGUAAGAGCAAGCAAAAUUCUCCAUCCCCUCUGAAUUCUCCCUCAAGAGAUACGAGUGUAAAGUCUUUCAUGAAUGCAGAAGAUAUUGACAGAUACAGGAUGUCGAAGACGAACACUAGGAGACAUAAAGCCUCGACUUUUAUGCCAUCUGGUAACAACACACCAGAAGUAACUUACAGAGAUGCAAUUCUAAAUCUCCCCAACAACAACUCAAGAGUCGAAUACCAGACGCCUCCACUCAAAGACCCCAGUUUAGCUUCGCCUCUUUCCAAAAUCCACAUCGAACAAAACCCGCUUGAGGAUGUUCCUUUUGGAAGACUAGCCCCUCUAGACCAUCAAUACUCAAUUCCUGAAAACCCGUCUGGUAACAUAAUUUCCAAUGCAGAGGGUCAGAAGUACUCUGUCUUACUAGAAAGUUCCAAAACCUUGCUAGCUCAGUACAAAUCUGAAAAUGAAGCUUUAUUAAAAGAGAAUGAUAAGUUAAAGUAUAAACUGAAAUAAAUGCAAAUAUUUGAUAAAAACUCAGAAUUUGAAAAUUCUGACACUAGAAGAACAAGUUCAGAGAAAAGAUCUAGAGAAUAUUAAGAACCAAGUUGAGAUGGAGAAGAGGGUCCUGGAGAAUACGAGGAUGAUGACUAAUGGGAUGCUGACACAAACAGAGCAUUUUCAAAGUCAUUAUAAUACGAUUAAUAAAGACCAGUUUGAGGAUAGAAAUUUGAAUUAUAUGAGUGAAGCAAUUGAUCAUACCCAAUAUUUUACACCUAAGGGCAAGCCACAUACAAGGUUUAUACCCAGGCAUACUAAUUCAGCAUCGAGAGUUAAUGAAUUUAGGAAUAGCCAAAGUCCUUCACCUCCUGUUUAUAUUUCAAGCAAAGUAAGUGAGAUUAGCAUGAACCCUUCUGUCACUGGCUAUUAUAAGACUGGUAAUAAGCCCUCACCAGAUGGUACUCUAAAAGAAACAAAAAGACAUCAGUUUCCAGAUGAAAAUGUUCAAGCUCAAACUACUACCGGAGAAGAAAAUCCUGAAAACCAGCAUAACCCUUUUAAAUCCCCAGAGCUCCAGCUAACAAACAAUCAAAUUGACGAUUUUAAAUCUGAACAAGGGUCUGGUUCUAGUGAAGCUGAUUACAAAAUCAAGGAUGAUUAUGCAAAUCUUCCAGAAAAAUACAGUGGAAUUCAGGAAUCAUCUAAGCAAAGUUUCUAUAAAUCCUCGCAAGGAUCAGAAGUGCACAAGUCUGACUCUAUCAAGCAGUCUCAGGGCUCAAGGAAAGAUAGCAAACUUACAAAUGAGGAUCUGGAAUUCCUUGCAAAUGAUAUGAAUGAUGUUAUGACUUCUUCCAAGAAAAAAUCCGGAGUCAUUACAAAGUUUUAUACAAGUGGGAAAAUAGAGAAAAUUUAUAAAGACGGGACAACUUUAUGCACUUAUAAAGAUGGUAACAUUCUCUGAACCUAUCAAGAUGGGACUCGAGAGAUGGUCUAUCCUGAUGGUAGGAUCAAACGGCUCCCUAAGAAGGAGUAA